AUGUCUGACAUGCUCAAAUGUGCUGGCUGCAACCAAUGGUCCAAAAGUAGACAUUUUGAAAACCAUUGCCUUGAUUGUAUUGUCUCUCGCAUUCAAGCUCCUUCCACACAACCCAUCGGUCCCUCUACAUCCCACACACAAAUCCAUCAACGCAACCUCCACACUGCAGGCCCAUCCUACUCACCAAUUUCCCGUCAUUCUGUCAAUACUCGUGAUACUGGAACGCACGUUUUUUACCAAGGUUUAGCCAAAGAGGCCCGGGCAUCAAAAAAACAAGAGAUUUCCACCCCAAAGCCGAGGCGUGCAAGUUCCUCUCGAACCCCAGACCCCAAGUCAUCACCAGAAAAACGGUUUGUAAAAGCUGGUGUCACAGUCUACAUUGAUGAUGUCUUACAAAAAAAGACCGGAAUCAUUCCCAAGGUUCUGGAAGUGGACACAAAGAAGCCCAAUUUCUAUGAAGACUUUCGCCAUCAACUAUGGGGUCUCUUUUCCGAUGAAAUUCUGGCUAAAACUGAAAUUACGUUCCCACCGGACCCCGAACAGUACACGUGCUUAGGAACAAAUAAUUCGAAAAUCGAAGAACAUAACAUUCUUUUGGAACUUGCCCAAGCUGGAAAGACCAUCAAGAGCGCAUCAGUGAUCCACUUAAUCUACCAGCAUCCCUUGGACAACUUUCCUGAAACCGAUAUCCCCACACAGUCUCGUACAAACCAGAAGAGGAAAUAUCAAGGAGAUCAAUCAAAGGCUUCCAAGUCGGCGGCCUGGGCUCUUGGAGGAAAGAUUGCAACCAAACCGGUGAGAGGAUCAGCUAGUCUAUCUUCCCAAGUUGACACCCUCAGCCACCCCAUCAGUAGUCAGUCAAUCACCAUGAAGACCGAUGGAUGGAUUCCAGCCUUACGCCUACAUUUUUAUACCAUUAACGAACAACCCCCUCCAGAAGCAUCACGCCAAUCAUUCACCAUCAACGAUUACAUACAUGCAGUCACCUUUCCAUUCGACAUCAAAGUCGAUAGUGGAAAGGUUUUAGGGGAGGGCAGCAGUCGUCGCUCUUACCCGGCUCAAGUGCGCUCCAUUGAAAAUGGCCGAGAGGUCAUCAAUAAAUGGGUUGCCAAGCUACGAUACUCCGACAGCACCCCCAAUGUAAUCAAUCAUGCAAGUGAUGCCAUUACCUACCGUGGUUUUGGCCUUAUCCUAGCUGAAUUCAAAGACUUCAUUAGUAACAAACUCGAUGGUGUCCUCAAGGUCAAAGGGAAUCAAAUUGAACUUGUUAGGCAUUGCGUUGUAGUUGUUGGAAAAGUUGACAAUCCAACAAAUGUUUACUUCUUUGAGAGUUACCUUGUUGGAAGCUUUGUGAAAUAUUCCAGCAAUCUCAACUUCAAUGUCUCAGCAAACCAAAAGGGAAUGGACGUGGAUUAUCUUUCACUGAUGAAUGCUUUGACCCAUUGGUCUUACAAUCAAUCAAAAGGACAGCGAUUAGUCUGUGAUCUUCAGGGAUUUGGGGCCAUUCUUACUGAUCCACAAAUGGUUGAUUUGAAUGCCAAUUCUUGGGCGGAGGGGAAUAGCGCUGGUGAUGGUAUUGCUGCUUUUUUAGAAGAGCAUAUUUGUACCACAGUCUGCAAUAUUCUCCACCUGGGAAAUGAAAACAAGGCAGUAGACUUAAAAUGGACGCGGCCAACCCCUCGUCAACCAUUAGCCUUUGAUAGGAUACUUGCUUCAAAAAAUCGGGGUGUCUUCGAUGGCUCAGACAUUGGUAGCUCUGAGGAUGGUGAUUUGCCAGAGGUUAUUUGGCAAUAA